ACCUCCGUCAAUUAUGUAAAAGAGACAUUAAUGAGGAAUGCCCAUCUACAUCUACAUAGCCGACGUGCUUCAUAUAUAGGCCGACAAACUCCACGACAGACACUCAUCAUCACUAGAGCUCACUUCAGAUGUUCUCAGAGAUGCAGCGAGAGCGCGCAGACAUGCUGGUCAGAAGAAAAUACAAGAGAUACUCCAAACAGAAAAUGACCUACCUGGGUCUGAUCGCUUAUGUCAUUCAAAACGCACCUGAGAAAAGAUUAACGUUUCACGAGUUAAUGAAUGCGGUGACGAAUUUUGUGGAUGGUGAUAGAAAAGGCCUUGAGAAUAAUAUCAGAGUCUGUUUAUCAUCAAACAACUGUUUUGUAAAGGUGCCUAUAAACCCAGAGUGCCCAAAUGUAAAACGCAACUUUUGGAAGGUGGAUGAUAGUAAAAUCACCCCAAAGAUACUGCGACGACACUUCCGUGGUUUGAGUGACGUUUUCCCUGACCUUUAUGGAAAGAUUGAAAUUCUCUCUGCAAAUAAUGCGAUGGAAAACAAUACAACCUACAAACGCCCUGAGGCCGAGAAGAAGUUUACCAGCCCGUUUUCCAUUGAGUCACUUUUGCAGCGAGAAAGCAGCACCUCCGUGAGGCACAGACCCGUAGGCCUACAUGAUUGUGCAACCAGGAACAUUGAAAACAAGUUUCUGGGCAGAGCAAAUGGAGACCGUGGUUUGGCGUGCCAGAGGAAGACACAGGAUUGGCCCAAUCAAACUGCAUAUGUCAAUUUCAGUGGAUCAUAUUCACACUUUUGUUUUCCUACUUACAGUUUGGGCCAAAUGAAUGAUGGAUGCAGUCCCCCUAGUGGACCAUCCAAGAGGUUGCGUUCAGUUUCUGAACUGUCCUAUUGUACGGCACGCGAGAGCUUUAGACAUUUCACUUUAAAUGCUUUGAGCUGGGCCUACAUGUAAAACUGCACUUAAAAUACACUUAACUUUCUUAGUGUACAUAUUCCUAUACAUCUUACUGAUUUACUUUGCAUUGCUGAAAACAUCUGCCAGCUUCUCCAUUGCCAAAUAAAAUGACCGAGUGUUUUUAAAAUGUAGCCUGCAAGUAUAUGUUGGGAAAUAUCUAGUGUGGGAGACUUUUUUUUUUUUUUAUUAUUGCCAAGUAGUAUGCCUCUAGAUAGAUAAUAUUGAAAGUCAAUCAUAAAGAUUUCCAUUCAGACACGAAAAAAGGGAUGAUUCAAAUAAAAUUUAUUGACCUCCA